AUGGUGACGCAAACAGCCGCAAGCUUCCGGGUGUACGGUCUAUGGUAUAGCCAAAAAGCUCUCACCAACCACACUCUGACGUGGAGGUGUAACCGCCGAUCCAUGGCGCGCGUAGCUAUGACAGGGACCGCGGCCGCGGACCCGGUGGCGGACGGGGCUGGCGCGCAAGCGCCGGCCACCGUCGUACUGCCGGGGAUGCGCAGCGGACCCUGGAAUCGCUCCGAUCGCGCGCAACUGGAGGACGCGGUGGGUGUCGCACGGUUGUUCGGUGCGUCGUGUGUCAGGCUGAUAAGGCCUGGCUACGCGACCAUCGAGGUCGACCUGAAGCACGAGAAGGCCGCGGGCGACCGCGAGUCGGUGAAGGUGGCGGAGCGCUCGUACAUCGAGCGCACCGCGCCGAAGAAGAAGGAGCUCACUGAUGAGCAGCUUGCGGCUCGAACCGCGUCACGCAAGGCCAAGAAGAUCCGGCAGAAGGAGCGCCGGGCGAAGGAGGCUGGCGAGCGCGCCGCGAACGAGGCCGAGAACGCGGAGCGCCCGCGCGCGCAGCUGCGCGAGAACAUCGAGUACGUGAUGGCCGGGCUGCGGUCUGCAGCUGCGCAGGCGCGCAGCCAGGCCGGGUCCAAUAUAGGAGUCGAAUACUCGCUGCCCCCGGAGAGGGACGACGGGUAUCGACGCGGCCCCAGCAAGGUGUACGCCACAGUUCCCCAGGGGACCGUGGCGACGACGGUCGCCCCGGACUGGCUCGCGAACGAGCUGGCCGGGCGCGGCAAGAUUGAUGCGGCAUGCCGCGACCGCAUGGUCAUGCACCUGAUGACGGCCGCCGGCGCCUCGGCGCCGGCCGACGCCGUGUUCAGGUUCACGGCUGGCGAGGCAAUGCAGACCGAGGACGACGACGAGGACGCCGACCGCUCCGAGGAGUAUUCCGACGACGACGGGAGGGCGUCCGACUUGUAG